CUUCAGUCGCUAGAGAGCGCUUUUCAUGUGUGGGACGUGCCUUCGCGCAACUCUUCCAGUUACAUAGCACGCACGCACCUCGACGAGCGUCAACAUAACUGCGCAAUCGUGUUCGACCUUCCGCCGAACUUGGAACCACGCGCGUGUCUUGACAGUCGUGUGUUUGGCGGGAACGGUGGUACACGAUCAUCUUUGGAUUUUACGUGGCGUUCGAGUCGAACCAGUGGUGCCACGGUGUGCCAGCCGUACAGCAUAUUGAUGGUUGCGGGCCGUGUGCAAUAUUAACGUUUUCCGUGGGAUUUUCUUGUGCCGGAUAACGAGGACCGACCGUGUUAUCGUCUGUGUGCUUUAUCUCGGCCGGUCGGGACAAUUACGGAGUCGGCACGCUGGGUUACGUGACCGAUUUCAAAUUUGAAUAACACCGUCGUAAUCUUCGCGGGAACACGUCGAAACACACUCCUCCUCGUCGUUGGGAGGCUCACGCGCAAGUGCGCGCGACGUUGCCGGCUUGUGUUCUACCCGCGGGCUAUGCGGUGGAUUUCUGAGAGAAACCAAGAGGAAAGUGUUGAUUCGACUUCAUGAUUGUCCACUGGAUGCUGUUCCGAGUUUACAAAACAUCGAACGGUACCGGCAUAUUCGUGGAAAUAUGAGAUAGUGUUGCUGUUUUGAUAUAUCGUCUUUCUCGCUUUCUCAGCCGUGGUAUAUACGCAGUACAGUGUUCACCGUGUUGCCAGACUUUCUUGUCGUCUUGUUCGUCACAGUUCUCGCCUUGGUCGUUUCAAAACUGAUCGUUGCGCGGGUGUGCGACUGUCAACAGUCGCGGAGUGUGUCGAGCAAGGAGUCAACGAUCAGCGUAGUCGCGAGGCGAAGCUGUGGCACGGCCAUUAUUCGAAAUUCGGUGGAUCGCGCCACGGCGGCGUUGCCACAUCUCUCUCGGGAGUACAGUCGGUGUUCCCGUGCAGGAUUCCUGGAAGAAUCUCCGUAAAUGGGACACGUGUGAACGCUUUGAAAUAGAUGCAUAAACUACGGUAGUCGGUAACCUUGUGCAGUGAGAACGAGAGAGAGAGAGAGAGAAAGAGAGACUCGCAAACAAAAGUGGUGCUAGCAAGUAGAGAUCGCGUUCCAAAAACAUUGAGGCACGAACGACUCGCGUUGGAUAGAGAGGCGUCGUUACUGCGAAAAGAAGAGAGAAAAGGAAGGAGUAUAUUCGUUGGUACAUAACUACGUAAAGGGAACGGCGACGUUGCCGGCACGACAGAAGAACGAAAUAUGAGCGCACGAGUAUUGAAUCCGGCGAUGAUGACGGAAAUGAGUAGGAAUCUGGGUGGAGGACGAACGGCGCCGAGCAGAGCAGCCCUCGCCCGCGUUCGAAGGGAUCUAUUCGGACCCGUCGAUCACGCUGCAGCCCGUGCGCUCGCCGAGCGGGAGCUUCGCGCUCAAUCCAUGCUCGACGCCGAGAGAUGGGGAUUCGACUUUCACUUGGAGAUACCGCGGGCGAAUUCGAGGUACGAGUGGGAGCUGGUAACAUCGCAGGACGUGGUCCCAGAGCCCUACGCCCUGCGUGGCAUGCCCUACUUAAGGAAACAUGCGCCCGGUACACCUCGAAAAGCGAACGAUUCCUCGCCGACGGUAAAAUUCCAUCGUAAAGAGUCCCCGGCAACCACUCCGAUCCUUCAAAAGGCGGAAAGAACGCCACCUCAAGAACCAAGGGUACCGCAAAUCGGCGAGGUCACCAUGAACGAAAUAUUCGACCUAGAGGCGGAGAAGAAGGUGUACAUCGUCGAACCCACUACCCCCAUUUUAUCCACGACGAGGAAACAGUCCUCCAUAACCGACUUCAUGAAGAGUCGUAAACGUAGCCUAAACGGUAGCGCGAAGAGCAUGAUAGAGCCGCCGGAGAAAAUGGCCCGCAACGCGGGUCAGAUACGCAGCUAAGGAGUCUUCCGAGCUUCCUCCUUCAGCCUCGCUGUCCUUCUUCCAUCUGUUCCAUCGCGCGAGAGAGGCCACGGGAACACGGAGCAAGCUGAGAAGCAACCGCAACCGAUCACUGCCAAGGAGGAACCGAGAGAAAGGCAGAGGGCGAGCUCUGGCAGGAGGCGCGAGGUCCGUUGGCUGUGCCAUUCACAUAUAGAUUUAUCGGCCAUGAAUAUGUGGACGGAAAACGGUGGCCAGUGAAGAAAAAAGUCGCUCCGUUUUUCGUCGCAGCGUACACAUUAUACAUACAAGCGCGCACACGCAUACACGCACAUGCGCACACCACACGAUGACAUAUACACACAGAUUAUAUUUUUCGUAGCCAUGCCGCGGAAAUGAAAAAAAUAGUAACAACUGUGGUGAAAAGCGUCGAUGGUUGUUGCUAUUUUCUUUUUCCUUUUCUCUACUUUUUUUUAUUUUAUAUAUGUACAUGUAAUUCAUCGUGUCUUUUGCAGUAGGUUUAGGCACCAAGUAAUGAUGCGCAUAAUAAAUAUAUAUAUAUAUAUAUUUGUCCAGGAGAAAGAAGAAGAGUGGAAGAGAGUGUGUGUGUGUAAGUAACGAUUUAAUGAAAUUAAUGUAAUAUAUUUGUUCGUUCGAGUCCAAUGAGUGAAACAAUGCUGGGAUGAAUGACGACGAUGAUGAUAUAGAAUAAACGAACGCUUUCUCCGUCAGAGACAGAGUGUAAGCAGAGAACAAAUUAUAUAAAUAUUUUUAGGAUACGGUACACGUAGAUUCUAAGCCUUCUAGCCGCUAAGUGGAAAGUGCAUUUCAAAGCAUAGAUACGGAGAAGGUCGGUGUUCGGGCUUGGUCCACCGGGCACCGGAAACCGAGGGUCCCAAUUUGACUCGUGGGUCUUCAGCGACGAGUACUCCUUGCUAAGGACCCGCGGACCACAUACAAAAAGCCAUGACUGGUUUCGCGGUGGUGUCGACAGACCGAGUCCUCGAGACGAUCGCGAAAUCACAAGACAAUAGUAUUCUUUCUUCGCUAAGAAUUAAAACAAAGCGACCAAUUUGACUAGAAAUUUGACACGUUCGAAGACUAAGGGACAUCGUUUCCGGGGCACACAGGUGACCACUCCCGAAAGCUCGACGGGGAGAGAGAGAUAUGAUUUAGAUACGUAGCUGGUUACCCAUGUUUAAGCAUUGAUCUCCUGUACGACUUUAAGAAAGUACAGCCGAUGCCAAAUCACCCCGCGAUUUAAUUACUUUUCUUAAUUCUUUUUGCGUCCCGUCGUAGGGGGGACCUUCGUAUUCGGCUCCCUCUCCUCUCUUACCCCACAUUUUUCACUCCUUGUAAAUAGUGCACCGACGCUUCGCGAGGAUGCCGUUAUUUUAUCGUGUGCGAAAACCAUGAAUUAUACAAAAACGAAUUUUUGUAGUUUCACGUUGAUCAACGAGAUCCUCGCGUCGCUCUUCCAUCGAACUGCAUUUCCUGUCCUGCGAUGCAUCUCCCUCCUUUUAGCGUUUUACGAUCAACACAUCGGUGGCAACGUUUAGGAGCACCGUUCGAGGCUCUCCACAAAAGUCUGUUCGUCCCGUUCGCGAAGGUAUUAAUUAGAGGACGAGAGAUACUGGGUUCGCAAAAUAGGUAAGGGGAACGUUACAGGUGUCAACUUUUGGCGUGUCCCUUCCAAGUACAAAUCGUAGAAAACCUUUGAACGGUCUCGACUAAACGAAUUUUCGAGAGGGCAAAAGCAAGAGAGACAGAGAGAAAGUGGAACGAUGCAGCUCACUAUUUUUAUUUGGGAGAAACUAAAAACUACCUUCUGCCAAUCUUUUCCAGGUGGCAAUUUAUGUAAAUUUAAUUGUAUAUUUUUGAAUUGUAUAUUUAUUUUAUAAUUAUUGUUUUAAUGAUCAUAUAAAGGUAGAAGUCGAGCCCUUCCACUCUCUCUCUUUCCUUCUCUCUCUCUCUCUCUCUCUCUCUACCUCGUACCUUGCUCCUCGGUACAGACUUCUGUCAGUCUUUUCUACCCCCCCGUUUUGAGAUUAUAAUUCGAAAAUACGACUGGUGGUUACAAUGCUAUUUUUGUCCCGUUUCGUUGCGGGUAGAACAAUCGAUUCGUUUAGAGGAAUUCCGAAUGGUCGUUGCUCUUUUUCGUUCGUCUUGGUGCUUGGAAGUUCAAUUGCGCUGUUCGUCUUGAUUCGCGAGUCGCGAUUUUAGGAGGCGGUAAUUAAUCGGUUGUCCUGUAGUUCGAUCACGUCGCGAAUACUGUAUGUGCUCGUCGCUUUACAACAAUUGACUAAAUUUGUUCGGCACGCGCUGCAACGCGAUGCACCGUGGUGUGAAUCGCGCUGUGCGUUAAUUGGCCCCGCAGUCGGCGCAUAAUACGCCGCACGACGCUUUCAUAACGGCGCCAGUUUUAAUUCGAAUAUCCUGGACGCAGCUUCGGGGUAACUAGAUUGCGGAUAAUUGUGUGAUAUGAAAGUUUGUUGCAUCGGUCUUGAGAUUUAUCUUUCCUUGCGAUUUUCUUGUGCAUUGUUCGGAGCAUUUAUGUUCUGAGAAUUAAAUUGGAUCACAGUUAACAUUCACAAUUCCGGGAAAUACUAGUUCUUAAUUUAUGUGCAAUGUAUGCAAUUAAAUUAUAUACAUCAGCAAAAGGAUAUUAAAAUUAUAUUAAAUUAUAUUAAAAUUAUAAAGUAUUAAAAUAUUAAAUAAAUUAUAGAAUAUUAAAAUUAUAGAAUUAUAUUAAAAUAUAAUUGAAAAGCAGAGGGAACUAGAUUAUGUUGUUAGAAUUGACCUGUUGAUUUACGAUUGAAAUUCUCUGAGCCAUUGGAAAAUCUCCUGUAGACAUGUAAAAAUGUUAUUGCAGCAAUGGGUAAUGCGUUAACAAUUUUAAUAAGUCGAAAACAAUGUGACAGUGUUCUUAAAUUUAACUGACGUUUUUAUCACAUUUUCAUCGUAAAUAAAAUCCGCAAUCUAGCCAGACCGUAUCAAAAUUUAUCGAGCAGUCACGCGAAAGAACAUAAACACACCGACAUAUACUCGGCUUUUAAUCAUUUUGCGCAUCGUUUUUUUUUUCCUGAGGAAAUCGACGACGAACGGCAGACUGCUCGAACUUCAAUACUUUCUUCCUCUGUUUGAAAAAAGCAGAGGUGAAAAAGAAAAGUUGAACGAAUCUCGUCAAGCCUGCAAUGCACAUACGCGUACACACUUACACAAACACGCACACAUGGAAGCAAGCAAGGAGUCUGCCGUCGGAAACGAAACGAAGCCUUACAAACAAAACAAAAAAAAUAGUAAAAAGAGAAUAAAAAAUCGUAUGUCUAUGUAACCCUGUGAUGUAUUAGUAUGAUCUCAGUAAACAUAAAACUUAGUGCGUACUUCUUAUUUGUAAUAAGUAGAUAUAUAUAUGUGCGUUCCGAAACGUGAUGUAAAAUCCCAGUGCUAAAAGAGUGUGUAUGAAAGGAGGCUACAUACGGCCUGGGUGUCUGUUCGUGUGAAUACAGUUAGUGACGUUUGUUUGUGCGGAUGAAUGUUAGUGAGCAAGAGCAAUCGUUUAAACGGCAGAUUAGAAGUACCCAGUGCCUCACUUCAAGUUGGUAUUCGCGUAAGAAUUCUAUGUGUAACGACCGAUAUAUUAUUAUAUAAACCAUAAUCAUAAGAGAGUCUAAAAGAACUAACCUACAUAAGUGAAUACCUAUGUUUAUUAAAAAAAAAUGGAAUUAUCUAUAAGA